GGAAAUAUUUGACGUCAGCACGUGUCCAGCAGCAGCCUUCUUCUUCGGUUGUCUGUCCUGUACGUGAGGCUUCGCAUGCUCGCGUCUCGGACGGGCAAACCUCGAAGGCAGGGCUACGUGUUGUUGUUUUUGUCGCCUUUCUUUCCAAAGACAACUAUUUUCACGCUGUUGGCUAGUCGAGCGAUGAGGGCUCUCCCGUGCCUCCGUCGUGGAGAAGAAGGAGGAGGUCAGGACUUCGUUUUGGCUAUUUGAAGGGUUGGGUAUAAAUAGAAGCGAAAGGCGCCGUUUUUCUAACACAUGCGACGAGCAGCGGGAUUCUGAUCAGAGGAAACAUGAUUUUCAGGAACAUUCGGCCGAGAACCUGCAGAGCAUGGCUGACCAGAGUUUCCUUGAGGCAGGAGCCGUGCUUCUUCUCCUCCGUGCCCCCCCAGCCGGUGCCCCCCUUGACACAGACCCUGCAGGGCUAUCUGAGAGCCCUGGAGCCCCUGCUGCCCCCCGAGGAGCUCAACCACACCCGCAGGAUGGUGCAGGAGUUCGGGAGGCCCGGCGGGCUGGGGCCGCAGCUGCAGGAGGGGCUGGAGAAAAGAGCCAGAAACACCAAGAACUGGAUCACGGAGCAGUGGGUGCAGUGGGCAUAUUUGGAGAGCAGACUGCCUCUCGCUGUGCACUCCAACCCGGCCAUCUCUCUGCCCAGGAGAGACUUUAACGACUGGAAGAGCCAGCUGGUGUUUGCAUCCAAACUGAUAGCAGCAGUUCUGGACUUCAAAGCCAAAAUGCACAACGGCCAGCUGCCAGUGGAGUACAUGCGAGGAAAGCCUCUGUGCAUGGAGCUCUACCCGCUCCUCUUCUCCUCCUGCAGGAUCCCCGGGCCCAAACACGACUACGUCGCCCACUACGGCAGCGCCCGACGCUCGCCGACGCACAUCACAGUGGUCAGGAACUACCAGUUCUUCCAGUUGGAGGUUUACAACAGCGACGGAUCGCGGAUGACAGAGAGUCAGAUUCGCGGGCAGCUGCUGAGAAUCAGGUCUCAGUCCUGGAAAACCGACAAGGAGCCGAUGGGCAUCCUGACCAGCGAGCACCGCCACACGUGGGGGGAGGCGUACAACCGUCUGCUGAGAGACAAACUCAACCAGGAGUCGGUGCGGAUGAUAGAGACGGGACUUUUCUCCUUGUGUUUGGACUCUCCAGUCAUGAGGAUAUCGGACGAAAAGUACGCCAGCCGGAAGGCAGCUCAGGUGCUGCACGGGGGCGGGACAUUCUCCAACAGUGGAAACCGCUGGUUCGACAAAACUCUGCAGUUUGUGGUGGGAGAAGACGGAUCGUGGGGCCUCCUGUACGAACAGGCCACAGCUGAGGGUCCGCCCAUAACCAACCUGCUGCAUCACAUCCUGGAGUACUGUGAUAAACCAGACCCAAAGAGAGCGCCUCUGGUUCCCCUCCCGAUGCCCAAGAAGCUGUACUUUCACAUCGAUCGAGACAUCAAGAGGGACAUUGAGCUGGCCAAGCAGAACCUCGACAUACUGAUCAACGACCUCGACGUCACUGUGUUCAACUUCAAGAGGUUCGGCACGAAGCUUCCCAAGAAGCACAACCUGAGUCCCAACUCCUUCCUCCAGGUGGCGCUGCAGCUCGCCUACUACAGAGUUCACAAUGAGGUCUGUCCCGCCUGCGAUAUCGCCACUCAGAGGAUGUUUCGAGCAGGAAGGACGGAGUACGUCCGCUCGCCCACGAAUCAGGCGCUGAAGUUCAUCACGGCCUUCGAUGACCCGUCUGUGUCGAGGGAGGCCAAACUGCAGCUGUUCAAAGAAGCUGUGGAUACUUGCGCAGAGCUGACGGAGCAGGCACUUAAAGGACACGGGAUUGAUCGCCACCUGCUGGGGCUCAAGCUGCAAGCCAUCGAGGAGGGACUGAGCAUUCCCAAGAUCUUCAUGGACACGGCUUACGGCCUGGCAACACACUGGAAGCUGCGGACAGGCCAGGUGCCUGCGAACACGGACAGUGUGAUGUGCUUCGGGCCCCUCGUUCCUGACGGUUACGCCGUUUGUAACAACCCCCAGGCGGACCACAUCCACUUCUCCGUCAUAGCUUUCAACUGCUGCGAAGAGACGAACGCAGAGACUUUAGCUCGUACUCUGAAGCAAACCUUGUGCGACCUGCAGGAGCUGCUGGAGCCUACUGUGUAGAGCUGCCGUGACGCCAUCCAACCACUCAUUAACAAGGAAGAAAAUAUUUUGUAUGGCUCGAUUCUCAUGUAUGCUUCUUAUUAUGCUCCAUUAGUUUUAAAUUGUGAGCGAGCCUGAACUCUGUGGCUCUAAAGGGGCUUUUAAUAUUUUUUAAUAGCUUGUUCAGCAGUUUUUCUUCUUGUGUGAGGCAUCAUGAGGAGGUGUCUGAGGCAAACAAGGUUAACUUGACACUCCUGUAUUAUCUGAAGCUUCCCACAAGUGAAAUGAAAACUCCUUUUUGUAAGUCGGGAAAUUGUGGAUAAAAAAGAAAGGCUUCGUAUUUUACUCUUGACAACAAAGCUACUUUUGAUUUGCUACGUUAAUGAGGGUUUAAAGAGAAUAAAAGGAGAUGAAGUUGGUUAUUAAUGAUGACGGCAGAUAAAGUCUAAUAUUUUUGUUUGAGCUCAAACCAGCUGAUUGUCGAGACAUUUCCAUUUCUUCUUUCAACCUGCAGGACUGGUUAAUAAAGCUUUUGAUUUGUGGCA